UUUGAGGGAGUGUGCGUGUGUGUGUGUACGAGUGUGUGUGUGUGGAGCAGCCAACACACACUUACAUUCGCUCACAACAUGGCGAUGAAGCGCCGAGAGACACGACGGCUCUCUCCCCACUAAAUGCAACCAUGUUCUGAGUGAAAGCAGGGUACUAUGCCAAAGGGAAAUACAUUAACUAAUAGCCAACUAAUAGUCUAUUUCAGAGAGGAUCUAAUUGCGGAUUCCAUUAUAUGCAUGUUGCUAGCGAUAUAGCUGGCUGUAGAGACCCGCACGCUGCUUUACCCCUCUGCUGGAAAUCAAUGCUUUACAUGGCGGUGGAGGCUAUCUGGGUUUUCUAUCUACUUUCGUUGGGCUUCUGUGGACCAUCCGUUCAAGAGAAGCCUGUAACGGUGGAGCUAAGCUGUGGGGCGGGGCCUGUCCUUGUGGUGCUGGAGCCAGGACAGCCCCUGCUGCUGGACUGUCACCUGGGGGCCACGUCACUGGACACGCCCCUCAACGUCACCUGGCUGCAGGAUGGGCUCCCCGUGCUGGAGGGGGAGGGGAACUCCCUCAGGACCCUUGCCAACGGAUCACUGCUGGUGCUGCCCACCUCUAUGGAUGGUCGGACACCUCAAGGGGUGGAGGGGGGCUACAGCUGUGUGAGCGCCGGCCCCUUUGGAGCCCUGACCAGCCGCACCAUUGCCGUUCACCUGGCCACGCUGUCUCGUUUCCAUCAGGACCCAGAGGCCCAGGUGGUGCCCCUUGGGGGUGCUUCCCGCUUUGAGUGCCAGAUAGACGGAGUGCCCACACCAAGGAUAACCUGGGAGAAGGACCAGGAACCCAUCCCCAGCCAGCCUAGGUUCAUCUCUCUCCCUAACGGUGUGCUCCAGAUCUUGGGGGCGGUUAAGGAGGAUGGGGGUGCGUACCGCUGUGUGGCCUCCAACUCUGCCCGGAAACGCUUCAGCCAGGAUGCCAUCCUCACUGUCACUACAGGUCCUGGCCCUGCCCAAAGUGAGGUAGUGAUUGUGGCACCUCCUCAGAAUGCCACAGUGGUGCAGGGGCGUCCAGCAGUGAUGGAGUGCAUGGCCCAGGGAGGGCAGCCCAAACCCCUGGUGUCCUGGAGCAGACAGGAUGGGAAGCCCAUCGCCACCGACGUGGUUGUCCUGGAAACCAACCUGGUGAUCCCCAACACACGCCGUUACCAUGCGGGGGUCUACGUCUGCCGUGCCAACAAACCAAAGACCCGCGAGUUUGUCAUCGCUGCGGCUGAACUGCAUGUGCCAGCCCCACCAGUGAUCCUCCAGCCCCCAGAGACGGUUUCUCUCUCUCGGGGAAACACAGCCAGGUUUGUGUGUAACAGCUCUGGGGAGCCUCCCCCGGCACUGCACUGGCUGAAGAAUGGUAAGCCGGUCAAGUCUAACGGAAGGGUGAAGACCCAGAGCCCUGGGGUGCUGCUUAUCAACCAGCUGGGCCUGGACGACGCAGGGUACUACCAGUGCAUCGCUGACAACGCUCUGGGGACGGCCUGCGCCACAGCCAAGCUGUCUGUCAUUGUGAGAGAGGGUCUACCCAGCCCGCCACACCAGCUCUCUGCCACGCCCCACUCCAGCACCACCGCCCUUCUCACCUGGGAACGGCCUGAACACAACAGGGACCAGAUUAUAGGCUUCUCUGUGCACUACCAGCCCACUUCAGGCUCUGAUCACAUGGAAUACCAGUUUGCUGUGAACAACGACACCACAGAGUACCAUGUGAAGGAGCUACUGCCACACACAGCCUAUACCUUCUACGUGGUGGCCUACUCCCCCAUGGGAGCCAGCCGCCCGUCACUGCCCGUCACCGUGGAGAUGCUGGAGGACGUACCCAGUGCCCCUCCACAGCUGUCCCUGCUCAGCACCUCCCCUACAGACAUCAGAGUGAUGUGGCUGCCCCUAUCCUCCCAGCACAGCAGAGGAGCUGUCACCCGCUACCGCAUCGACUACUCCACACUGGAACAAGGCGAGCACAUCGCCAUCUACUGGCACGGAGGCCACAGUACUACACUGCUGUCCUGUGUUAUUAUAACGCUGUCCGUGGACAACGUGUUUUCUGUGGAGGUGGGGGGGAAUGAGACUCAGCUUACCUUGCGAGAGCUACAGCCUAACCAGGCCUAUCGACUGCGGAUGGCGGCGGGAACGGGAGCAGGCUUUGGUGUGCCCUCUGAGUGGUCACAGCACCACACCCCAGCCCACUUUAACCACAGCAUGGUGAUCUUUGCUCCCACAGAGCUGAAGGUUAGGGCCAAAAUGAACUCCCUCCAUGUCACAUGGCAGCCCCCGCCCAAUCACACGCAGAUCUCCGGCUACAAGCUCUUUUGCAGGGAGGUGGUUGGUGAAGAGCUGACCAAUGGGGAGACUCAUCCUGAGAGGGAGCGGGUGAGGAGGAUGGAGGCCCACACCAUCAAGCUCCGCAAGAGGGUCAAACAUCAUGAAGUCUCUAGUCUGGUCCCUGACAGACUAUAUGAAGUGAAGGUGUGGGCCUUCAAUAAGCAGACGGAUGGCUAUGCUGCAGGAUGGAAGGGCAGGACAGAGAAGGCACAUGGCAAAGCACCCCCUAAGGGGAACCCCCCUCCCCUGCCCCCCAGCAGCAUCAAGGCUACAGCCAACAGCUCCACAUCCAUCUGGCUGCGCUGGGAGAAACCUCGCUUCAGCAACGUCCGCAUCAUCAACUACACCGUACGCUGCAGCCCGGCCGGCAUCAGAAACGCAUCGCUUGUGUCCUACUACACCAGCUCUGCUCAGGAGAUCCUCUUGGGGGCGCUAAAACCCUACACCCGUUAUGAGCUGGCUGUGCAGUCCAUUGGAGGAGACGUGGUUGGUCCCUUCAGCGGCACCGUGGAGGAGUCCACUCUCACUGACGUACCCUCCACCCCCCCAGCGGAGCUGCAGCUCAGUGCCUUGGACUCCUCCUCUGUGUUGGUGAACUGGCGUACGCCUGUGGAGCCCAAUGGCAUCAUCAUCAGCUACAGGAUCCUAUACACCAUCAACCUCAGCCAGCCUGAGCAUCUGUGGAACAACCUCUCCCAAGAUGGUGGGUGGGUGGCUGAAGGGACCAUCAUGAGUGCUGAGGUAACAGGGCUGUCUAGUGGUACACAAUACUUCUUUAAGAUGAGGGCGUCCACUGAGGUGGGGGUGGGGCCUUACUCCCCAGUGAAGGAUGUGCGCACUCCUCCCAGGAAAUAUGAGCUGGACAUCCAUGCAGUGACAGGCAUCAUAGUUGGUGUGUGUCUGGGGCUGCUCAGCAUUCUCCUUUGUAUGUGUGUCAGCUUCCGCAACGGCAAGGCCAGAGAGGUGUCUGGAGGGCUGGACUCCACAGCUCUACCUCCACAGUACCGCCGGGGGGGUAGGUCUGUGCCCACCAUGGUGCCAGAAUGCAGUGAUUGCCAUGAGCUAGAGACCCUGAUGCCCCUGGGCAGCCUGGACCAUGACCAUGACCUCGCCCAACCCCUCACAGAGCCCACUGAGGAGCACAGCCUCAUGGGUAAUGUAGGAGUAGGGGACGAUGCCCUAGGAGCUGAGCUCAAGGCUGCUUGGAAUGGGUCAGUUAGUUGUAACUGGGCCAACCGGAUCACCAAAUACAGGGAUACCAUCACAGAGGACUCUCCAACGCUCAACAAUGGAACUUUGGACAUGGCCAACACAGAGAAUGGCAAGGGCGACCCUGAGGACCGACUGGGCUCCUCCCUGUGCAGCAGUAACCAGGUGGAGGCAGAGGUCAUAGUUCACUCUGAGCUGAACGACCUGGAGAAGGAGCAGCAGGAGGCGCGGAGUGACAAGGAUGAGGACUCUCAGGCCACCAGGGGGCCGUCAUUGUCCGAGGCAGCUUACUCCCCAGUCAGACAGCCUGCCCAGGCGGCACAACAUCCAGGGGAGCCAGUCAGACAGCCUGCCCAGGCACCACAACAUCCAGGGGAGCCAGUCAGACAGCCUGCCCAGGCACCACAGCAUCCAGGGGAGCCAGUCAGACAGCCUGCCCAGGCACCACAACAUCCAUCACCAGGGGAGGAGUCCCUAGAGACACAACCCCUGCCCAAGGUCCCACCCGGCCCUGUCCUGGAGCCAGUGUUCAAUCACAAUGGGCAGCCAGAGGGCAUGGUUGGGGGCAUGGUGGGCGUGGCAGCCCAGCUGACUGUAGAUGUGGGGCGGCAUACGGGAACAGGGCUCACCAACGGCUUCCACUCCACCAAGCCCCUGCGGACAGGGCAGGAGACCCUGGGGAACGGGGACUCCAGACACUGCCCCCCUCUCCCGUCCCCCUCUCCUUUCGUCAGCACCGGUCUUGUCCACUCUAACUCUGCAGCGCACAGCUACCUGUGCCCUUAGCAAGAGAAGAAACAAACCCCCACACCAAGACCAGUUGGACUUCUUUCUUUUUCUCAUCCAUGAUGAAUCCAAUUUUUUUUUAAAGCACCUCAGUAUCUGAUUUUCUUCUUCCUGGCUCAGUUUUAUAGGUACUUUGAAUCCAUUGUUUUAUAUGUGUAUAUAUACAGUAUAUAUUUUUUUGUGCUAGUAAGUAUGGGUAUUCAUCUUGUUGCAUAGCAGCAGUAUGUUAGUCUGGCCUUACUCUGUGCUUUGCUACAGGCUCCUGUUACAGAUGACGGAAGCAUAAUGUAGAAAGGAGGAUAUUCCCUUUUUUCAUAAGCCUUGACCUGUUGGUCUCUGAGAUUGAGCGUGGGCGUGUGGUACUUCAAGACCUACCUUUGGUCAACUGAUGAUGUUAGAGAGGCUCUUGAUUCAGCACCAUGGAGGAAGAUAGAGCAGAACCGUGACCAUGUGGCCCUUUCACUCUCACUCUGGCUCCUUUCCAAUGACUGAGCUGUUCCUAUUGGCUGUUCCACUGUAUGGAUGCUCCUGCCCCAGCACCAGGAAAGAAGCCUUAUAUUUAGACACAGAGUGCGGACCUCUUGUCUCUCUCUCUCCAACCUCCUGCUGUCUCAGGAACCACACACAUUCCCUGACUGGGGGUCUCCCUGACUUGGGGGUCUCAGGUGCCUAAUACUUUUAGGUGCAUUUUUAACCUCUGUAUAUUUAUAUAGAUGAUUAUAUUCAAUAAGAAUAGGACAAAUAUGUUGAAAAUGAAGAAAAAGGAAAAUAAAUGAGGCAAUUGAAGAAAAUUUGAAGGAACCGCAUACAGUACAUGUAGUUGAUAUAGGUUGCAUUAUUCUGGGGGGGGGGACUAGAUGAGAUGUGUAGGUGUAUGAUAAAAUAACACAUCUUAAGCAGUGGUCUCCUGGUUUUGCUCCCAGUCAACAGCACUACCUCAUUUCUUUACAGGAUGGUUUGUUGGUGAUUUUAAUUGUGUCAUGCAGAUAGGUGCAACUUUUAGAAUCUGCUUUUUAACUGUUUGAUUCAUAGCCUUCAAUACUUUCAGGAAUAACUUCUUGUCCUCUUCUUUCUAUAUACAUCAAUUUGUAUUACCUACAGGAAAUGACACGUAUGGUACAUAACGGACUGUCUCAGAUCUCUGUUUAUUGCCCUUUUCCUCAUUAUCGGUUGUCCCAUUCGAUCUGGGUUUCCAGCUGUCGUCACCCCACUCAAUGUUACAUCUACUUUGGACGGGAGAAGAAAAACAUUUUUAAUUUACCAGUUACCUCAAAUCACUUUUCACCUUAGGUAAAUCAUGCAGCAGUUUAGUUACCAGGCCUGCUAUAUGGUAGUCUGUUACUAGACCUACUACAGAGGAACAAGCCUCCGUCGGGAGGCCUCACCCGUUGUGAUGCUAUCUGACUCAUCCUCUCUCAGCUGUGUCUGAGCUCCUCCCUCUGCAGGUGGGGGGGAUGGUAAUAUCAUAGAGAAAUAAACCUAGAAACCACUUCUAUUUUCAGCCAUA